AGUAGCGAGAACCUAGCCCGCGGUGAAGGAGGAGGCAGUAUUUAGCUUGAGCUUCUGAAGCGAACUGUAGCAGAGGGGACAGCUGGUUGGCGCUUGGACCACGCCGCGGCAGCAGGUCCCUCCACGUGCUUACGGCGGCGCCAUGGAACUGGAGGAGUUGGGGAUCCGUGAGGAAUGUGGCGUGUUCGGGUGCAUCGCUUCUGGAGAGUGGCCCACGCAGCUAGAUGUGCCGCAUGUGAUCACUCUGGGACUCGUGGGGCUGCAGCACCGGGGUCAGGAGAGUGCUGGCAUUGUGACCAGUGAUGGGAGUUCAGAGCCUACAUACAAGGUGCAUAAGGGAAUGGGUCUUGUAAAUCAUGUUUUUACUGAAGACAAUUUGAAGAAAUUGUAUGUCUCAAAUCUUGGGAUUGGCCAUACGAGAUAUGCCACGACAGGAAAGUGUGAGCUGGAGAAUUGCCAGCCAUUUGUUGUUGAAACUCUUCAUGGGAAAAUAGCUGUGGCACACAAUGGUGAACUGGUAAACGCAGCUCGCCUAAGAAAAAAGCUUCUGCGCCAUGGCAUUGGGCUUUCCACAUCCUCCGAUAGCGAAAUGAUUACCCAGUUACUUGCCUAUACCCCUCCUCAGGAACGAGAUGAUACCCCGGACUGGGUAGCAAGAAUUAAGAACUUAAUGAAGGAAGCGCCCACAGCAUACUCCCUGCUUAUAAUGCACAGGGACGUCAUUUAUGCAGUGCGGGAUCCAUACGGAAAUCGUCCUCUGUGCAUCGGUCGUCUUAUUCCAGUUUCUGAUAUAAAUGACAAAGAGAAAAAAUCUUCAGAAACUGAAGGCUGGGUCGUGUCUUCUGAAUCUUGCAGCUUUUUAUCUAUUGGUGCAAGAUAUUCCCAUGAAGUCAAGCCUGGAGAAAUUGUAGAAAUAUCCAGACAUGGUGUCAGAACACUUGAUACAAUUCCAAGGUCUGAAGGAGACCCAGUGGCUUUUUGUAUCUUUGAAUAUGUUUAUUUUGCAAGACCAGAUAGUAUAUUUGAAGACCAAAUGGUUUACACCGUAAGGUACCGCUGUGGCCAGCAGCUGGCCAUUGAAGCACCUGUGGAGGCGGACUUGGUUAGCACGGUUCCAGAGUCGGCUACGCCUGCUGCUCUUGGGUAUGCAGCUAAGUGUGGACUGCCCUAUGUGGAGGUGCUGUGUAAAAACCGAUAUGUGGGAAGAACCUUUAUUCAGCCAAACAUGAGGUUAAGACAACUGGGAGUUGCAAAAAAAUUUGGUGUGUUGUCUGACAACUUUAAAGGCAAAAGAAUUGUUCUCAUAGAUGAUUCAAUUGUGAGAGGCAAUACUAUCUCACCCAUCAUAAAACUCCUCAAAGAAUCCGGGGCAAAAGAGGUGCACAUUCGAGUUGCUUCACCACCAAUAAAAUAUCCUUGCUUCAUGGGAAUAAAUAUACCCACAAAAGAAGAGCUGAUAGCCAAUAAGCCAGAAUUUGAACAUCUUGCAGAAUACCUCGGUAGGUGUUGAGAUUUCUGUAGAUUU